AUGGACUCAAACAAGGACGAAGCGGAGCGAUGUAUUAAAAUAGCUCAAAAUGCCAUCAGUAACAGCCAACCGGACAGAGCUAGGAAGUUUCUGGACAAGGCACAGCGGUUGUUUCCCACUGAUCACGCCCAAUGUUUACUUGACUCGCUAACCCAGAACGGCAAACCUCCUACCGAGAAUGGAGCAACGGUGAACGGUGACGGCCCAUCUGUAAGACAAAGACGCCACGGGGAUGAAGCUGACGUCUCUGGCCAUAGUCACACAGAGUCUGCCAAGCCCUACACCGCAGAGCAGGUGGAGGCGGUCAGAAAGAUUAAAAGCUGUAAAGACUACUACCAAACUCUGGGGGUAGAAAAGACGGCAACAGAAGAAGAUCUGAAAAAAGCCUAUAGAAAAUUAGCGUUGAAAUUUCACCCAGACAAAAACCAUGCUCCUGGAGCCACUGAAGCAUUUAAAGCCAUUGGAAACGCAUAUGCCGUGUUGAGUAAUGCAGACAAAAGAAAACAUUACGAUCAGUACGGAGAGGAGAGCGCGCAGCCAAGCAGCAGACACAGACACCACCAUCGCGAGUUCGAAGCCGACAUUUCACCUGAGGAUCUCUUCAAUAUGUUUUUCGGUGGUGGAUUCCCAACAAGUAAUGUACAUGUUUUCAGAAAUGGAAGAAUGCACCAACACAAUACACAUGAAAGAAGAGAACAGCGAAGAGAGGGAGGUCUGGCUCUUUUUGUCCAGCUUAUGCCCAUCUUAAUCCUCAUCAUCGUCUCUGCUUUGAGCCAACUGAUGGUGACGCAGCCUCCCUACAGCCUCAGCUACCGCCCGUCAUCUGGACACAUUCACAAAAGGCACACGGUGAGCCUGAAGGUGCUUUACUAUGUGGGAGAGCGCUUCAAUGAUGAAUAUCAUGGCAAUAGUCUGAAGAGCGUGGAGAGGAGUGUCGAAGAGGAUUACAUCUCCAACCUCAGGAACAAUUGUUGGAGGGAGAAACAACAGAAGGAGGGAUUAUUGUAUCGCGCUCGUUACUUUGGGGAUUCGGAGUCAUGCUGGAUGGCUAAACAUUGCUUAAAUGUAUAUGGGUUGGACGGUACUUGA